UUUAGUUUUGAAUUGAUUUUCACAUGAUUUGAUUUAUUAAGGCUGAGCAUGAAUUUUACGGCAUAGUUUAAGAGAAUUUUGUAAAACGGAAAAGAUGAGAAUAGACUUUACAUAAAACAAGUAUGUAUAAAUUGCAGUCUGCUAUUUCUAAAUUUUAGAGUAAAUUGUAGUUGGAACCUUUUCGACGUUAUCCAUAAAAUGGCGAAGCACUAGAUUUUCUAAUGUGAUAGUUAAUCCCAAAAGUAACGGGUUUAAUCUUGUAAGGUGUAAAAACUAUGUUGAGUAUCACACAAUUUGAUAUAAGUACAUUUUAGAGAAUCAGUUGUACUUUAUUUGAAUAACCGAACGACAUAUGGCAUGACCAUUUUAAAGGAUCGUUACUAGGACUGUUUAGUUAUUAAAGGAAGUAGCUUGAAAGCGUGAGUGAAAACUUUCUUGCAUUCGUCCAAAGCUACGUUUGUAUUCAUUUUCGAUGGUUCCAUAUACACACUGAUGAAAAUAUUACAUUAGAGUUACCGUCAUACCAUGCGCUACUAUUCUUGCUUCUUUUGUAAAUAUCCCUUGCCUAUCUAAGCUUAGCCGAUUUUCUGUAGAGAUCUUUGAGAAAACAUUGUCCAAAAACUUUUAUAUAAAAAGCACUUCCUUUCUAGUUCGUAGUUGUAUAUGUGUACCCUGUAAUUAUUUUUACAUUUUAUAAGCAUUAAUGAACGUAUCCAUUGCCUGUGUAUCAAAGUUUCUUGUAUUUCUCUGAACAUCAUGUACAUACAUGUUUUUGUUCAUUAAUGAUCCCUCUCUAUAGUGCGUUUCAGGCAUUUGCAGGCUAAAAAUUGUGACAAAAAAAACUCGCUGCUAUUUUAAAUGUUCCCGCCAAAUAGUGGAUCACAUAAUCACGUCUGACGCUCUUUUUGUUCUGCCGCUUUGGGUUGCUCCUUUGUCAGCGCACUAGCUGUUAUAAUGAUUUCCGUUUUGCCUAUUCGUCAGAAAAUGCGUUCAUUCAACUUGGGCCACGCGAUAUUGUUUUGGUUUGCUGCCCAGCCGCGCGUACUCGCACCAUAUCCCGCACUCGGUCAGAGCAGCACUACGCCAAAAGGGGUACAGGGGAAUACCAUAAAUCGGAGCGAAUUGUGAGCGCACUGAUUGAGCUCUAGGUGCGACCGUUCGAGAGAUCGACUUUCUGCUGGCUUUCACAAACGGAGUGUUAUUCAAGCUAUAGCUAACGAAGGGAAGGGUGAAUUUCUACCAGAUGUAUUUUGGUGUUGUUAUCUGAGGUAGUCGUAAAAAUGGAACACGACCACAGCGGAGGUUUACUGAGAAAAAGCAAAAUCAGCAUUAGAGGUGCUAACAACAUUUAUAGUGAGUGAAACAUCUCGCGGUACCUUCAGAGUAGAGCAAGAAAGAGUAGGAGGCUAGCCAAGGGGUUAAUUUUGUGAAAACAGAAGUACACAACGGAACGACAGGAUUAGCGAAAGACAGAAUGUGGCCACCUGAAAAUGUUCGCCAAGCUUAGCCUAAUAAUAUCUGCUACGACAGCAGAUGUCAGGCACGUGUAACGCACGAAGGACAUCCGAGGACAAGCCAACAGAAAUAUGGAACAGCAUUGUCGUCUCUGGCCCUUCUCUUCGGCGCUGGUGCACACUCUGUAUACCAGAGCGAUCUGCCUGUCGUGGUAAGUGAUUUUUGCGCAGCUCGCUGCAGGAACAAGCAAGUAGCGGCCAUAGCGCCACAGUUCUUUUCAGCAUUUGGUAAUGUCCUUGCUUGCGUUGCACUUUCACGCAAACAUCGCCACUGGUUGUCGCUGCUCGUCGAAAACAACCAGACCACUUCUAAAGUUGGUUCUCAUCCGGUCAGCUGCGGUACUUCUUAAAUGCCCGUUGAUUCGUUGCGUCGUUCGGAUGGGCGCUGGCGCACACUCGUUGCCCGAACAGUGCCACCACAACGCCCGCUACGACCGCCCUCCGUCCAGCAGCAUGAAACCAGCUGCUGCUGUACACGCAGCGGCAUAAAUCGAGCAUUUGAACAAGCUUGCGUCCAGUAAUCACUCUUAACAAAACGAAGUAAUGGUGCUUGGAUUGCAAUGAUUACAACUUGCGACGUAUGCGUAUGCUGUGUGUUACGAAUAGAGGCUUCGGCUGUGUCAACGGAGAAAUAAUCGCAAAACAUAAUGCGGUCGUCACAGAAAAUCGAGACCAGCAUUAGGCCGAUUUACAUGCACACCAUAGUAUAGUGUAAGGACGGUACCGAUGUGAACUAGUGAUUCAGGAUCUGUCCGUCGGAUAAGCUGACGAGUCGAUUGGCAGUUGCAUUAAAUGCAUUUGUGUCUUUUGUUUCAGCCUAAAAAGAAAAGCGUAUGGCAAAGUGGCGCGUGACGCUUGUCGUAAUCUCUUUCUGAGAGAGGUGUUGUUCAGCUUGCCGUCACUGGGGCAAGACGUGAAACUACUAGUAAGCCGGACUGCUGUUGCAGCCUCUGUGUGAGUCCUUCCGUAGGUGGUACAGUCGAAAUGCUCCUUUCCAUUACUUGAUGUCGCCCGUCGCGGCUAAUAGAGCCACAAAACGCGUCUCGCUUCGCUCCGCCGUCACGAUAACAGGAAAACGCAACGACAACGGUAGUCUACGGCAGCAGUGUAGCGGACGAAGACAGGGUCACGGCGAAGGGUGGUGGGCCACCGCUUUGUGUCUGCUCGCAUUCGAUGUUCACCCGCAGACCGUGUUAAAACCACUGCUGGCGUUUACUCUGUGACUGAGUCGUUCUGUUUGCGCGUGUGUGUAUCUAUCUGUAUAGGUGUUACGGUUAAGUCUUGUAUCUUGUAUGUGCCAGACAGCUGGCUAUUGAUGUCUGAAAUAAAUUGGCGACCAUACGAUUACUAUCGUUGCCACCGUUAUCACUCCUGUAAGGAAGGAAGUGAGCCUAAUCGAAAAAGAAGGCAUCAGGCCUGGGUAAGCGAGCCCCGAGAGAAGGCAGGCUGCUGCUGUUUGCCGUGUAUCGGUCUAUGUCCUCGACGUGAGAGAUGUUUAUAGUGGUGCUGAUUGUGGAAAAGAGUGUAGUUUGAAGGUGGAAAAAAAUUCGUGCGCGAACCGUUUGUCUCGGAAAAAAAACGGCAACGACGAAGAAAAGACUGUUGCUAAAAAGUCUGUGAUUCUCAUCAGGUGCUGUCUAGCGUACAUAGUUGGUAUAACUAGUGAUUUCUUAGUGGCGGGUUCUUAAUACAGGGUUCGCCAACUGCAGGGCCUGCACCGUAACUGUAUAUAGCAGCAAGGUCGCUCUGCCAAUACUGUGCGGCGCGGCGGCAGCCCGAACGAAAUACAAGAAGAAAAAAGCUUUUACGAGGAAGUACAACCUAUUAAUGAAAGAAGUACGCUAAAGAGUGUAGGUGAGAUAUUUUUUGUUUACUUCGGAUCCAUGCCCGUAUGCAAGAAAGUUCCAGCAGUCUAAACAGCAAAAAGGCAUAAGAUACAAACAGGGCAAGAAAUCAAAAAUCUGUCAACGAUAUCAGUAACGAUAACGCAAAAAGUGGAAAUAGCAAUACUCGCGGCCGAAAAGUGCAUCGCCGCGCUGGUACCUUUACCAAACGACAUUCGUCCGUCUACCCCCGUACCAUCAAGCGUCGAAAUCUGUGAAUGAGUCUGCUUCAGGCGCGAUAUAGAGAUCAAGAAAAUUAACUGGAUCGCUUGACUUUCAUCUUCUGCUUUACAAGGAUAAAACGACAGGAUUCACGUCAUCAUGGAACAGGCCCAGUAUAUUCGACGAGCGGACAGUAACCGACUGAGGGAUAUUUUUAAUAAGUAUGCCUCUGUAGAACAGAAAGGUGAGCGAUAUAUGACAGCAAAUGACUUCGUAGUGCGAUAUCUGGGAUUUCUACCUGAAUCGAACGCAAAUCCGAAGAGUCUUACCUUACUGGGGAACAUUCUCGACACUUCGAAAGAUGGCCUCAUCUCAUUCCGUGAGUUUGAGGCGUACGAAGGACUGUUAUGUCACCCUGAAGCAAUAUACAGGACGGCGUUCCAGCUAUUCGACACGGACGGUUCGGGCCAUAUUACUGAAAAUGAGUUCGAACAGGUCAUUAAGCAUACCACUCUACACGAAAAAAUCCCAUUUGAUUUCAGUUCCGAUUUUGUCGUACUUCACUUUGGCGGGGACCGUAAAAGGACAGUAACAUACGCUGAAUUUUCGCAGGUUCUCCAGGAUUUUCACGAAGAACACGCCGUGCAAGCGUUCAAAAAAUAUGACCCAAAAAAGACUGGUGCCAUCACUUCGAUGGACUUUACUGACAUUAUGCUUAGUUGCAAGUCUCAUCUACUUUCUGAAAAUGUCAAGAAAAACCUGGUUGCAGUUGCCGCUUCCGAACAUGGAGGCCAUAAGGUGUCAUUCCCUUACUUUAUGGCCUUCUGCUCAUUACUGAAUAAUAUGGAGCUUGUAAAGAAAAUUUACCUGCAUUUUACUAAGGGUGACACUCGUACUGAGAUGACAAGGGAGGAGUUUGCCGCCACAUCUGCUCAAAUGUCUCAUAUGACCCCGCUUGAAAUUGAUAUCCUGUUCAACCUUUGUAGCUUCCUAAGCAACAGCAGUGGGCGAAUCACUUAUAGCGAUCUGGAAAAGGUCGCCCCGUACAGACCAACGCGGGCGGUUCUACUCCGACCGAUUGCAGAGGUCAAGGCUGUGGAGAAACCGGAGGACCGCGGCAUCGGAAUCCAAGUUUUAGAGAGCACAUAUCGCUUCUUGUUGGGUUCGAUCGCCGGUGCGUGCGGAGCCACUGUGGUGUAUCCAAUCGACCUGGUCAAAACACGAAUGCAGAACCAGAGAACCGGCUCAAUUGUCGGUGAAAUUAUGUACAGAAAUAGUUUGGACUGUGCUAAGAAGGUACUUCGGCACGAAGGUCUUUUUGGCUUCUACCGCGGCCUGCUUCCUCAGCUCGUCGGAGUUGCACCCGAAAAAGCCAUUAAACUUACGAUGAACGACUUAGUUCGAGACAAAUUUACAGACGAAAAAGGCAACAUUCCGUUCUGGGCAGAAAUUCUCGCUGGAGCUAUGGCUGGCGGAUCACAGGUGAUGUUCACAAAUCCAUUAGAGAUCGUUAAGAUCCGUUUGCAGGUGGCGGGUGAAAUAGCCGGUGGUCACAAAGUGUCAGCACUUGGGGUUAUCCGGGACUUGGGUCUUACCGGUUUAUACAAGGGUUCGCGUGCCUGCUUUCUUCGGGACGUUCCAUUCUCUGCAAUUUAUUUCCCAGUAUACGCCCAUAUGAAGCUCAAAACUCAGGACGAUGAAGGCCGCAACUCGCCUUUAAGUCUUCUGGGAUCGGCCUUUAUUGCAGGUGUUCCUGCAGCCUAUCUAGUGACUCCAGCUGAUGUAAUCAAAACUCGCCUCCAGGUGGCAGCUCGAGCUGGACAAACAACUUAUUCUGGCGUAAUAGACGCAUGCGGCAAGAUUUUUAAGGAGGAAGGAUUCAGCGCUUUCUGGAAGGGCGGCCCUGCUCGAGUGUUCCGUUCUUCGCCGCAAUUUGGCUUUACUCUGCUAACCUAUGAAGUUCUACAACGGCUUUUCUAUGUCGAUUUUGGCGGCCGUCGGCCCACUGGUUCCGAGACCUCGCCCGCUCCGAUGGAGAAACUCAUGUCACACAACCCCGACCAUAUUGGAGGCUAUAAAAUGGGUCUCGCUACUUUCAGGGGGGUCGAAACAAAGUUUGGCUUGUUUCUGCCAAAAUUCGGUUAAGCGGUUAGUUGUCCCGAGUGUAAUUAUUAUAAUAAACAAGUCUAGAUUGCCGGCUGCUGAUGAGGCCUGCCACAACUAAAUUGAAUAGCAAUACCGCCAACUAAGUUUUUUUUUGGAAGGGCUCAAUGUACCAUCGUCGCAAGAAGGCACAGAUUGACUAGGAACAAACUUAUGAAUUGUCACAGUCUAUCGUCGAAAAAAGCGUCGGAAAGCCACCUCGGAGACACCUUUCUAUCUUCAAGAUAGUCAAGCACUGUACGGAAAUGUUGUUCGUCUAUUCUUUGUUUUGUAACGACUGCAUGAGUGAAAAAUCCCGGAUUUUAACAGUGCGCUGUUUCCAUGCCAGUUACAACAAUAUCUGAUUUUGUGAGGGUGGACUGCAGUACGUGUACUCCAUUGCGUAUACACAAUUCAACCUCGGUGUCGUUCCACACAGACUCGUGAACCUACUACCUCUCUAAUGAGACAAAUAAUUGAUUAUAUUAUUGUUUGCAGGCAUGAUAUGGUUUGAGACAGGUUUGAGGCGUUCAACGAGCUUCUCCUAAUAUCCUCUUCAUUUGUAGUACAGCGAACCUUCCCCAAGCGAUAUUCCCCAUGCCUAUUCUUCGAAUAAGAUACUGUUUGCAAUGCGAAUAUACGCUGAUUGUUACAACAGGUAGCUCUCGCCAAAAACAAUUAUAGCAUUCAGCUUUCCUUUCAUCCAUCGCAUUACUUCUUGUACCUUCACAACCGGGUCACGUUGUCACGAGGCCACCUUACGCAGUGGUGGCUCCAAUUUGUGAGGACAUUGAUACAAGAAAACCAUGUUGCUUGUUGUUACGGAAGUGUAGAGAAGAAAUGUUGCACCGAAAAGAUUUUAUAUGAACCCAUUUACACCGAUUAUAUAUAUAUAUAUAUAUAUAUA